ACUAUGGAACUUCGUCCAACCGGCGCUUACGACAGCCCCUCCCCACCAAGCCCGGAACAAACAUGACGUUUCCCUGCUGACAUUGCAAGACCGGGGGGAGGGGGUGCUCAAAGUGUGCCACGGUGUGUGAACUGCGAACGCGUUGAUACAUAAGCUUGCUUCCCCGCCCAAUAUCAUCAAUACCAACACCAUCGACAAGUUGCAUGGAGAGGUCAAUGCCAGACUCUCAUAUAAUGUCUUCCAGCUCAACCCUCCUCUGGCAGCUCGCCCGGGCUGUCGGCUUGCUUGCCACCCUGCCGUUCGGAGCGCUGGUGCUCUUCGCCGUGUACCUACUGACCCGCUGCCUCGCACGCUUCGCCGCGGUCAACCUUCUCUGCUUAGAGAGAUACAAAGACAUUCCCGCCCCGCGCCACGAGAGCCGCUGGUACACGCUGCCCAUCUUUGGCGACCUCCACAAGAUCCGCGAUGCGCCGACCGGCGAGGCGCACCUCCAGUGGAUGCGCGAGACACGCUCAGACGUGCUCGUGUACCGCCACCUGUUCUACGCCCCGCGUUUGCUGCUUGUCGACCCCAAGGCGAUGAUGCACGUGCUCAGCGCGCAACACAGCUACAGCUUCCCCAAGCCGCAGCAGCUGCGCGACCUGCUCGCAAGCAUGCUGGGCAACGGCGUUCUCGUCGUCGAGGGUGACGUGCACAAGCGCCAGCGCAAGAUCCUCCAGCCGGCCUUUGGCGUAAGCGCGAUCCGCAACCUGACGCCGACUUUUUUCAAGCACUCGGAAAACCUCGUCUCGCGCCUCGGCCAAAUCAUCGACGAGACGACCGGGCCGGCCCCCAAGGCGUUCCUGCCCGGGCAGUCGGACGCCUCGGCGCAGGCCAGCGAGGCGCACAGGCCCGUUCUCAACGUGUCGCACUGGCUCUCGCGCGCGACGCUGGACAUCAUCGGCGAGGCCGGCUUCAACUGGUCGUUCAACAGUAUCAAACAGGACGGCGAGGAGCUCGACGAGGUCUCCGAGGCGUUCAAGGCGACGCUGCUCUUCGGCCCGCCGAGCCCGCUGUUCUUUCUCAAGAGCCUGCUACAGACCAAGCCGAGCCUUCAGUGGCUCAAGCACCUCGAACUUCCGCGCGAACGCAGCUUCCGAGAAGCGUACGCCGUCCUCGAGCGCACGAGUCAAGUGAUCAUCGCCCAAAAGCGCAGGCAGAUCCUGCAGGAGAUGCACGGCGUGCACGAAAAAGGCAGCAAACUCGAGAUAAACAAGGCCGAUUGGGAGGCGCAGGGUCACGACGCUGCUGGAGGCAAGGAUCUGCUCAUGCUCAUGAUGCGCAGCAACAUGUCCUCGGACAUUCGCGAGUCCGAGCGUCUCUCUGAUGCCGAGCUGCUUGGCCAGAUGACAACGUUGCUGCUCGCGGGACACGAGACGACUGCGACGCUGAUCUCGUGGGCGCUGCACGAGCUGUCCUUGCGGCCGGACGUGCAAGCGAAGCUGCGCGCCGAGGCGCGCGAAUACAUGGCCGGGCGCGAUGAGCUGUCAUUCGACGAGCUCAGCAGUCUGCCGUACCUGGACGCAGUAGUCAAGGAGACGCUGCGCUUCUCGUCCCCGAUCCCCAGCACGCGCAGAGUCUGCGAGAAGGACACGGUCCUGCCGCUGUCCAAGGCGUACCCACGCCGCGACGGCAAGGGCACGUUCGACUCCGUCGUCAUGAAGAAGGGGGAUGAGGUGCUCAUCCCGAUCUUUCUCAUCAACACCUCCGAGGCCAUCUGGGGCCCGGACGCGUUGACAUUCAAGCCGGAGCGCUGGACCGACGUGCCGCAGUCGGCUAAAGAAUCAGGCAUGCCGCUACAGAUGCUCUCUUUCCUCUCUGGUCCUCGCGGCUGUAUCGGCAACCGCUUCGCGCUCGCGGAAGGCAAGGCGCUGCUGCUGAGGCUAGUUCUCGCGUUCCAGUUCGAGCCCGUCGACGGGUGGGAGCUGGAGCGGACGCAGAGCGUCGUGAUGCGCGCGCGCGUCAAGGGCCAGGAGCACCUCGGAGCGCAGAUGCCGCUUCGGAUCUCGCGUGUUUGACAUUCUCCAAGUUUGGUUCUGCUUUUGUGCUUUGGGAGCUGCUCGCUGGGAGUUGCGCAUGUACACCUUGCUCGAAACGGGUGACGGAUAUGCUUCC